AUGAGGGUCAAAUAUUCGAGUCUCAGUUUUCAAUUAUCUCGAUGGGAUUAUAGUAAUUUAACACACAUGAAAACGGUUGUUAAACGCAAUAUUGAUAAAGGUGUGCCAUUAGAUGUACAAUUUAAUGAUAUUGAUUAUAUGGAUUUAGAAAAAGAUUUUACAAUUGAUCCUAUCAAUUAUGUGGGUUUAAAUCAAUUCUAUGAAGAAUUACAUGCUGGUGGAAUACGUACAAUAAUUAUUUUAGAUCCAGCUAUGAAUGCUGAUAAUAAAACAUAUCAGCCAACAAUUACUGGUAUAGCAGAAGAUGUUUUUAUUAAAUGGAAUGAUGGACGUUUAAUGAAAGGGGCCUGUUGGCCAGGUGAAGUUUAUUUUCCGGAUUUCUUCUUAAAUCAGACACAGAAAUGGUGGGCACGAUGGAUUAAGGAUUUUAGAACUGUACAUUUAACAUUUGAUGGAUUAUGGAUUGAUAUGAAUGAACCUGCACUCUUUGGAACCAAUGAGGCUGCACCAUGGAAUUGGAAUUAUACUGGAUCGAAUUACACAUUAAAAUGUCCAGUUAGUUAUUGGGAUGAUCCACCAUAUCGUACAAAAGCUGUUUAUCGUUACGAUACAGCAGAUGCUCAUUUUAGUCGUUUAUCUGAUCAUACAUUGUGUAUGGUAGCACCUCAAGGUGAAAAUCGAUUAUAUCGUCAUUAUGAUGUACAUAGUUUGUACGGAUGGAGUCAAACAAAGCCGACAUUAGAUGCACUUCAAUCAAUUACUGGUAAACGUGGAUUAGUCUUAACUCGAUCGACAUUUUUUGGUAGUGGUCAGUGGGGUGCACAUUGGCUUGGCGAUAAUGAAGCAAGUUGGCAUGAUCUUAAACGUUCAAUGAUUGGUAUGAUUGAAUUUAAUUGGUUUGGCAUACCAUUUGUUGGUGCUGAUAUUUGUGGAUUUGAUAAGAUACCAACAGAAGAAUUGUGUACUCGUUGGAUGCAAGUUGGUGCAUUUUAUCCAUUUUCACGUAAUCAUAAUAUAUGGAAAACACCAGAUCAAGAUCCCGGCUAUUGGUCUGAUAAUGCUGUUCAGAUUAUGAUUAAUGCAUUAAAUAUUCGUUAUACACUUUUGCCUUAUUACUAUACAUUAUUUUUUAAAGCUCAUACUUUAGGUGAUACUGUUAUUCGCCCAUUAUUUCAUGAAUUUUCAACAGAUCCAAAAACACUUGAUGUAUAUCUUCAAUUUUUAGUUGGUUCUGCACUGAUGAUCACACCAGUUACAGAUAAUAAUACAAAUGAAAUCGAUGUUUAUAUACCAUCACGUGAUUGGUACGAUUAUUACAAUGGUAAACAAAUUAAAGUUAAUAAAGAAACAAUUAAAGUAGCAGCACCAUUAGAUACAAUACCGAUAUUUUUAAGAGGAGGAUAUAUUAUUCCUACACAACAACCAGCUAAUAAUACAAAAUAUUCACGUCAAAAACCAUUUGGUCUCAUAAUUGCACUUAAUUCUAAAAAUAAUGCACAUGGUGAAUUGUUCUACGAUGAUGGUGAUGGUAUUGAUACUAUUGAACAGAAGAAGUAUUACUAUGCAACAUUUAAUUGGCAUGGAAAUUUAAGAAAACUAACAAUUAAUGUAAUAGAAAAUAAUUAUUUAGACAUGAAAAAUUUAAAAUUAGAUACAUUACAUAUUUAUGGACUGAAUAAGAAACCAAAAACAAUGUUUGUUAAUAAAAAACAUCAAGUGAAAUAUAUCAAAUUUAAACCAAAGACAAAGAUUUUAAUUGUUAAAAAAUUAAAUUUAGAUAUAACUAAAAAUCAUACAAUUAUAUGGAAAAACUAA